UCUUCCGACAGAAACAGUCAGCUGAGAAUUGUACAGUAAACAUAUCGUUUCACGUAAUGGAAGACAUUAAAUAUAAAAGCAGCACCCUCAGUAAGAUUAAGUAAGAGAGCGACUUCGACAUAGUACUAAACAACUAUAAUGGUGGAACCGGGUCGUUAGGUUUAUUUAGUUCCGUGUAGUUUGUGUUUUCGGUGGGGAAAUAAAAUUAAGAAACAUCUAAUUGGUCGCCAAGAGCCACGUCUAGUGGGAGAGGCCAAGGAAGAGAGGAGUCUGGAGAACUGAAGAGGAAUCACUGAACGCUGAGUAGCGGGGGUCUGGAGGGCCGAGGCUGAAUACCUCCCAGGGAAGAACCAUAUUCUAGUGACUUUUUUAUGCAGUCACAUGACCGUCAGCUGCAGUUUUAGAAUGCAUUGCAAAUCGGUGUUUCUGAAGAAAUUCAAAAUAGUUCCAGGACUUCCAUGCUGCUCCUGAUGGAAAUAAUCAACACGUUGUAGUUUAUUCAGAAGCAAAGUGAUUAUACAAGCAUUUAUUAUAGUACACUAGGUAGCCUUAGCAAUGGAAACGAAAACUGCCUCUGAAAACAACCUCCAUGACACUGUGGUUGAAAAUGGGAUUUCUGUCAGUCAGGGAGAGCAAUCUGAUGCCAAAGCUAAAUUAAACAUGCCUCUUGAAGGGGAGGGGACAACUGUAACCAGUAUUAAUUCAAAUGAAUUGCCAAAGGAAGGUGCUGGAAUGCAGAUAAAGAAGGAAGACACUGUUCAGAAUGGAGCACAGCACCAUUAUCCAGAGCCCCUUUUACCUGCGCCCAUCACCAGCGACAAUCCUACUACUGCAUAUUCCCCAGGUGUGGCUGGUUCCCAUAACACCCUAAUGGAGUCUAGCUUUGAAUCCCUAGAUCUUAGAAAAGAAGCUUUGCAAUCGCUGAAAUUAAGCCUUCAUAUGCAGGAAACUGAUUUAUGUUCCCAUGAUGCACCACUUCCCCCAGAGAAAGAAGAGCAGAUCCGAAUGCAGGCUCGACGCCGCUUGGAAGAACAGCUAAAACAGUAUAGAGUGAAACGUCAUCAAGAGAGAUCCAAUCAGUCUACUCCCAAAAGUCGCCCCUCUAGUACCUUGGACCCAGAACUUAUGUACAAUCCAGAGAACCUUCCAAGAGCCAGCACUGUUGCUAUGACAAAAGAAUAUUCCUUUAUGCGCACAAAUGUUCCAAGGGGGCCAAAAUUAGGCAGCUUAGGCCUUCCAUCGUCUUCCAAAGAUAAGAAGUCAUCUAAAUCCUCAAAGUCUUCCAGCAAGAUUAGAUCGCUGGCAGACUAUCGAAAAGAAUCCUCAGAAGCCAGCAAUAUGAGCCCGGGCUACGUUGAUUCAUCCCCAGGAUCCCUGAAGCCUAAUAGGGGUAGCCUAACAUCUGUCGUGUCUGAAAUCAGCCUAGAGGGGGAACGCCUUGAGACCUUAACUUACAGUGGAGACAAUACUUCAGAGUUUGAUGGUAGUGAUAUUGGGACAAAGCAUGAUGGAAAUGAGAGUGACAGUUCCACUCAUAGCAGUGUGUCUACUGGUAGAGGGGCUUACCUUAGCACUCCAUCCAGAAAAAGAGGAGAGGAUUACACUGUGAAUGGCCAGAUUAUUGCAGCAGAGGAUGUAGGACUGUAUCCAUCACUGAAAGAGGUGUUGCAGGCUGCAGCAGCUGAGCAUCAUGCGCAGGAAGAUGUGGUCAAUGGGGAACCCAGGAGCCGAAGAGACAGCAUUUCAAGCAGUGUCUCCAUGGAAAGCUCUAUUGCUGGAACUCAUGAUGAGCUACUGCAGGUUUUAAAGGAGAAGAUGAGACUGGAAGGACAGUUGGAAUCUUUGUCUGCAGAAGCUAGUCAGGCUUUGAAAGAAAAGACAGAGUUGCAAGCCCAACUGGCUACAGUAAAUACUAAAUUCCAAGCUGAGCUUGAGCACAGCCAGAUGAGCCAGCAAAAGCAGGAAUCUCUGAGCAGUGAAGUGAUCAUUCUUAAGAAAUCUUGUUUAGAUUUGGAGAGGGCAAUGGCUGAUCUUCAGAGCAACUUGGAGGCAAAGAAUGGCAGUUUGGCGUCUUUGAGCAAUGAUCUUCAGUUGGCAGAGGAACAGUAUCAGAGACUGAUGGGGAAGGUAGAGGAACUGCAAAGAACAAUCCUCCAGAAAGACAACUCUGUGCAUGAUUUGCGCCAACAAACAGUAUCAUUGCAAUAUCAGCUACAGCAGGUACAGCUGGACCGCACUACAUUGACUAACAAACUAAAGGCUUCUAAGACAGAAAUCUCAUCACUGCAGCAGACACGCGACUGGUACCAGCAACAGCUAACACUUGCACAAGAAGCCCGAGUCAGACUACAGAGUGAGAUGGCAAACAUUCAGACAGGACAGAUGACUCAGGCAGGAGUUCUGGAACACCUCAAACUAGAGAAUGUAUCUCUUUCACACCAGCUGACUGAGACCCAGCAUAGGUCUAUCAAGGAAAAAGAACGCAUAGCUGUGCAGCUACAGAAUAUUGAGGCUGAUAUGUUGGACCAAGAAGCUGCAUUUCAUCAGAUACAGGAAGCUAAGAGCAUGGUGGAGGAGGAUCUUCAAAAGAAGUUGGAAGAGUUUGAGGAUGAGAAAGAGCAGCUACAAAAACUAGCAGAUUCUGCCACUGCUUUAGAACGGGAAAUUGAGCAGUUGAAGCUUACAUUGCACCAGCGAGACUUGCAACUUGAAGCUCUUCAGCAAGAGCACCUUGAAGUAUUGAAACAGCUCUCCUUGACUCAAGAAACUCUACACACCAAAGAUCAAUCACUCAGUGAUCUACAAAUGAGAUUUGAUGAGCUAGAGGCCAGGCUCACAGAGCUCCAAAGUGAAGGUACUACUAAAGAUGACACCAUACAGUAUCUCCAGAAUCAGAAAAUUGUCCUAGAAGUUGCCCUGCAAGCAGCUAAAGUGGAACAAGAAGGAUUAGACCAAGGUGUCAAGGACAUGGAAGAAGGGGCAGGAGCAGCUGCAGAAGUAUUGGAAAACCUGAGGCAUGAACUUGCUGUUAAGUCUGGUCAGGUUGAAACUCUUCAGCAAGAAAAUGCUACACUAAAGAGACUAGCCCAGAAAGUGAAAGAACAGUUACUUCAGCAGAAAGUGAUGGUGGAAGCAUAUCGCAGAGAUGCCAGCUCCAAGGAUCAGCUCAUUACUGAGCUGAAGACAACUAAAAAGAAGCUUGAUACUGAAGUGAAAGAGUUAAGACGGGCGCUGAUUCAACUUCAGGGUGAAAAGUCAGCAGCAGAGCUAGAUCAAGCACGGUUACGGAAAGAGAUGUCUCAGCUUCUGCAACAAAUGGAAGAACUUGAAUCCCAUCUAAAAGAAGCACAAAUAGACCGGGAUGAGAUGGAAAGCCGCGUACAGUCCAUGCAGUUUGACAAAGACCAGAUGACUAUUCUUACUAAGGACAAUUCAGAACUGAGGCAACAAUUAGAGCUAAUGCAAAAUGAAGCAAAAACGGCGAUUACAGAGCAGAAACAUAGGAUGAAGCGGCUUGGCUCAGACUUGACUAGUGCUCAGAAGGAGAUGAAAGCAAAACACAAAGCAUAUGAAAAUGCAGUUGGGAUACUAAGUCGCAGGCUACAGGAAGCAUUGACUGCAAAAGAAUCUGCUGAAGCUGAGCUAAAUAAACUGAAAGCACAGAUCACUGAAGGUGAAAACAUCCAAGUGUUCAAGGAAAAGCUACAAGGGCUGCAAAAUGAGCUGCAGGUAGUGAGUCACAGCAAAGCAAUGCUGGAACGUGAGCUGCAAGAGGUAAUUUCUCUUACUAGUCAAGAGCUUGAAGAAUACAGAGAGAAGGUCCUUGAACUAGAAGAUGAGCUCCAGGAAUCCCGUGGCUUUAGAAGGAAGAUUAAACGUCUGGAAGAAAUAAACAAGAAACUGACACUUGAGCUGGAACAUGAGCGAGGGAAAGUAACAGGGCUCAAUCAGUCCAAUGCUUCUCUCCGUGAACACAAUAAUAUACUGGAGGCUGCUUUGGCAAAAAGAGAAGCUGAUCUUGUACAACUUAACCUGCAGGUGCAAGCAGUCCUCAAACGCAAAGAGGAGGAAGAUCAGCAGACGAGGGAACUAGUUAAGUCUCUUCAAGAUGCAUUAGAAAAAGAAAGAGCCAAAGUUAGCAGUCUGGCAGAACAGGUAGCAGCAGCCAAGUCCGAAUCUGCACACAACCGGCGACACUACAGGGCAGCAGCACUUGAACUGAGUGAGGUGAAGAAAGAGCUACAAGCCAAAGAACUUCUAGUGCAGGCACUGCAGGCUGAAGCCAACAAGCUGCAAUCUCAGGAUGAAAAACAUUCCCAGGAACUAUCACAGUUUCAGCAAGAGUUGUCAGACGCUCGAUCCCAGCUACAGCUGUUACAGAAGGAGCUUGAUGAGCAGCUGAGCAACAAGCCAAUAAUAAAUCAGGAGGUUGAGGAUCUGAAGUGGGAGGUGGAGCAGAAGGAGCGUGAGAUUCAGUCUAUGAGGCAACAGUUGGAUAUGACUGAGCAACGUAGCCAGAGAGAAUUGGAGAGUGUUCAGUUAUUAUUGCAGAAUCUCAAAGCUGAACUAGAGGUUGUGCGUGAUGACCUUACUAUGACUCAGAAAGACAAGUUCAUUCUUCAAGCAAAGGUAUCAGAGCUGAAGAACAGCAUGAAGAGCCUGUUGCAGCAGAACCAGCAACUGAAAAUGGACCUUAGGCAGAGCAAGAUUAAAAAGAGGAAAGAACUAAAAGGUGAUGUUACGUCUUCCAAUCCAGUGACUCCAGUGAAAAUCCCUGAUUGCCCAGUGUCACCUUCACUUUUAGAGGAGCUGCUUAAACCUUCAGUAAACUGCAAAGAACCUCUAAACAACCUGAACAGCUGUCUCCGCCAACUCAAGCAAGAAAUGGACAGCCUCCAGCGACAGAUGGAGGAGCAUACUAUAACAGUCCAUGAAUCCAUGACCUCUUGGAAUCAGAUUGAAGGGCAGCUUCAGAACUUUACAGAAACUGAACCUCAAAUGCUGCCCAUUUCAAGCCUCCAUCUGGAGCACCAGGACGCUAACCAAAUUGAUCCAGGAACCGGAGAACACAGAUUGUUAUAGGCUAGCCUGGUAGCUCCUAGAAGGAAGUAUGUGGUCUUGUGACCCUGCAGUUAUUUAUUUGUUUAGGAAUUCUAUUGGACACCGCAAGAAAUCACAUUACAUGGAAGAAAUUACAUAUUCAAAGUAUUGCUGCAAUUUGUUUUAUGAGAAAUCAACUGAACUCUUAAAAGGCUUGAAUGAACAUGUUUAUUUAAAGGCAGCAGAGAAAUGUGAUUACAAGGAACCUUUUGGGGCAUAUAACAAGCAGAAAUGCAUUGAUGGAGGAGGAAAGUAUCUGCAGAUAUUUUAAGUACUGUGUCUUUUGAUCUUCAAAAGCUUAGUUUGUGAACUGCAGCGUUCUGGGAAAAAACAGUUUGCACAAAUUUAUUGAGAUAUGAGGGUCACCAAAGUUUACCAUUACAGAGAAACUUCAAUUUUAGCACCUUUUUUUAAGUUUUAAUUAAUACAAACAAGAUAUGAAUGACAUCGGGAAUGUUUCUUUUUAAUGUGUUUUAAUGUUAAAUGAUGAUUAUUGUUCUAUCACAGUUCUAGGCAUUUGUGUUUUUUUCUGUAUGUUACAUUUGUUUGGUAUAUUUGUUUUGGUUAAUGUUGUUAAGGAUGUAAGAGGGUUUUUAAGACCCUGAUCCAUAAACCUAUUUAUAUGAACUUUCAUAGAAGGUUAUCAAAUACUAUUUUAUUAUUUUGUAAUGUUUGCUUUUUUGCCCAGGCAAGCUGUAAAGGAAUUUAACCCUGAUUUCUCCAACAUAGGUGUGUCCGGUCCACGGCGUCAUCCUUACUUGUGGGAUA